UUAAAAAAGUUCUUUUACCGACGAUCUGUCAACGUUUACGGAACGUUUAUUUUCUUUUCGUCGAUGAAUCCAUUUUCAUCCUCUUAGUUUUAACAUAAAUAGUGAAGUGUUUUAUAUAAUAUAAUAACACAAUGCCUCCUAAAUUCGAUCCGAAUGAAAUUAAAAUUGUGAACUUGAGAUGUGUUGGUGGAGAAGUUGGUGCCACAUCAUCUUUGGCUCCUAAAAUUGGUCCCCUUGGUCUUUCCCCUAAAAAGGUUGGUGAUGACAUAGCCAAAGCGACCAGUGACUGGAAGGGUCUGAAGAUCACAGUGCAGCUGAUUGUACAAAACAGACAGGCUCAGAUCUCAGUCGUACCAUCAGCAGCUGCCCUCAUCAUUAGAGCUUUAAAGGAGCCACCUCGUGAUCGUAAAAAGCAGAAAAACAUUAAGCAUAAUGGAAACAUCACUCUUGAAGAUGUUGUGAAUAUUGCCAAGGUCAUGAGACCACGCUCCAUGGCACGAGAGUUGUCUGGCUCAGUAAAAGAAAUACUUGGCACAGCCCAGUCCGUUGGAUGCACAGUUGAGGGCAGGCCCCCACAUGACCUCAUUGUGGACAUCAAUAAUGGUGCCCUUACCAUUGACGAAUAAAUAGAUUGAGGAGGAUUUAA